UUAGCUGAUAUUUUCUACCAAUCCUUGGUAAAUUUUUCAGUUAGAGAUGUCGGAAGUUCGGCUUGUCAAAUCCAAACAGAAAUGUACUUAAACCAUUUAAAAAAUAAUUCGCGUUGGGCAGUAAAAAUGUCGGAUUCAUGGCCUAGGUAUCUAAACGGAUUAUUAGCAGGUAGUACAUAUCAUAUGGGCGUUUACGAUGAAUGCGUAAGUGUACAUCACCCUAUCCAAGGAAAGUAUUGUACAGCAUAUCUAUACCUGCGAACGGCAUCGAAUCAGAGCUUCGCCAAUUACAAUAAAAACGCAUACGGAAGUACUGAAAACGCUUGGCAAGAAUCACUUGGGUUUAUCAAUUACGAUGAUAUGUUUAGAAGAAACGAAGUUAAACUUGGUGUGUGUAUACCAAAAGCAUGUACACACACAGAUCUGGAAGUGGCAUUGCAAAAAGAACUCGUCAGAGUAUUUUCAUCUCAUCAACUCAAAAUACAAGUUGAAGUUCAACCGAGCUUGUGCACUACUGACGAAGAUUUGUUCCCGUUCGAAAUUGGAUAUUAUACAACAGCUAUUUUUAUUGGAUUGCUGACCCUAACUGCUUCGUUAUCGACAGCUUAUCACUUGAUAUUUUUGAUUCGCAACGCAGAUGCAAAAAAACCAUUACACGUUUCAGAAAUGAUAAUAAUGUUUUCUGUGAUUAAAAACGGAAGAGACCUAAUCAAAUACGACAGAAACAAUAAUUUAAACAUUUACAAUGGUAUGAAGGUUAUAACAAUGGUUCUAGUGUUGUUCGGACAUAAAUUUAUAUUUUUUAUAAUAAAUCCCAUUUUGAAUCCGGCAUUUCUCGAAGAGACUUACACGGUGGGUCCAUUCUUUUUGUUGACUUGCAUGAAUCUGGUUGAUCCAUUUUUCUACAUAACCGGUUACUUGACGUACGCUCUGCUAAUUCCGCAGUUCAGCAAAACGGGGACCAAUUGGUUUCAAGUACCACUCAUAAUUAUAUACAAAUAUCUAAGAACUCUUCCAAUUUAUAUCAUGAUGAUGCUUCUCACGGCAUUUGUUAUUCCUCAUCUGGGAGAUGGACCGUUUUGGUCACACAACAUUUGGCCCGAAGCGGACAAAUGCAAAAACUAUUGGUGGGCUAAUAUAUUAGUCAUAAGUAAUUUUAUCGAAGCCGACAAUCAAUGUCUCAUCGCCAGUUGGUACAUAUCGUGUCUUCUGCAGUUUGUUGUCAUUGGAACUAUCAUUAUGUACAUUUAUGUAAAAACACCCAAAAUCGGUACAAACAUAAUAGUUUUUCUGUUUUGUGCAUCGUUAAUAAUUCCAUUCGCCAUGACGUACCACUAUAAAGCAUAUGGAAUCGUCAGAGUAAUGAUAACGUUCUUGGAAAAGCCAAGCAACUCAUUCGAGUAUAGAAACCUUUAUAGACAAAUAUACAUUCGAGGUAUACCUUUUUACGCCGGUAUGCUAGCAGGAAUUAUGGCCGACGCCUUGAAGAGAAGGCAAUUAAAAAUAUCCACGAUAACUACGUAUUUCAGUACAACGAUAGUGAUUAUUAUAUGUGUGUAUGUUCAGUUGUACGGUAAAGUGUUCUACCAUAGGCAAAGACCAUACAAUGCAAUGGAGCAGGCCAUUUAUGCGACCAUUAGUCAUUGUACUUGGACCGUAAUGAUGUUUUGGAUAACUAUUUGUCACGUGAUUUCUAGUUACGGCCCGAUGGAGAAGUUAUUGAACAACCGAUAUUUUGUACCAUUAGGCCGGCUCUCUUAUGCUGUAUACUUAGUUAAUAUACCAGUAAUGAUGAUGAUCGAGAGCUCUCAGCGGGCACCUAUAGGAAUAACACUUGGAACAAUGCAAAACGGAUGGAUUGCUGGUGUUUUUAAAACAUAUUUGGCAGCCAUAACAAUGUAUUUACUUAUUGAAGCACCGUUUGGAUUACUGAUCAAAAAAUUAUUACUGGAAAGAAAACAUAAUAAUGCGAGAACCAAUGAUAAAACAAAUCAAAGGGAUUUAACAAGUAAAACAGUUCAUCCGGGACUAAAUAACACAACCAAGCUUUAAGAAAAAACACUUACUUCACUCGGGUUUUAAAAACCGUUUCGUUAACAU